CCGGCGAGGUCGCGUAUCUCUAGUGGGAGCGACUACCUUUUCUCCGGAUGUUCGGUUUUGUUUCCUCCUUCAGCCUAUUUCUCGGACCCGCGCCUUUUUGAGAGAUUCCCUUCCUCCUUUGCCCCCUUUUCGGGUCACAUCAGGCGGGAGGCUUCCAGAAAGUCGACAAGUCAUCUUUAGGUCUUUGAAUUCUACAGGGGACAUUUGGGAAAACUUUUCACUUAUGAAUUUUCCUUGUUCCAUUGGUCCAGCUUGCAGAACUAAAGCAUUACAGAUGGAAUUGAAGUCCCCUGUAUACAUCUUUUGAAUUGCAUUUACCUCUCUGUGGUUCCAGAGUUGCAACUUGAUUGACCUACAGCGAAAUCUGACCCGAUCCAAUGAGCACAGCCAGCUUGACUGCAGUCAAAUAAGAGAAUCCCCAAAUGCUAGCGCUCAUCGAGGCUGACCUUUGGCUUCCUCCGCCCCAUACAAAAUGCUGAAAGGCAGUGCCACCAUAGGCCACCGGGAAAAAAAGCAGCCUGUUCUUCGUAGGAGUUGGUCCGGGUGAAAGGGAGUGAAGCCCCCAGAGAAGCGCGGGCGUUCUACGAGAGCGGAAGCGCAGGCUCCGUAAAGCGCGCCAGCUGGUGAAGUACUUCCGGAGCGCCGGAGCGCCGGAGCGUCGCCGCCCACCGUCGGAGCCCCUGCCCUUCAUUGAGAGGGAGCCCCGGUGAUGGCUAUCAGGCCCCUUAAAGCCUGGCACAAGGUCCGUGGUUAAAAACGUGCGCCAGGGGUAGAAAGGCAGAGUCCACAGAGAGGAGCGUUCUGGCUUCCUAGAGAGGAAGCUCGUGAAGCUUGGGCGUCGCAGCCGGCGUAGUGACGCACUUCCGGUCACGCCGCACAUUGCACCUUUCCUGAGCCCCUGCCCUUCAUUGAGAGGAAGCCCAGGUGAUGGCUGUCAUGCCCCUGAGAGCCUGGCACCAGGAGGUGGUGACCUUUGAGGACGUGGCUGUAUACUUCACCCAGACAGAAUGGGCUGGCCUUUCUCCUGCACAGAGGGCCCUGUACAGAAGUGUGAUGCUGGAGAUUUAUGGGAACUUGACGUCUCUGGGAUACCCAGUUCCCAAACCUGCAUUGGUCUCACUUCUGGAGAGAGGGGAUUUGCCUUGGGGCCUGGAGACACGGGAUGAUCCCCCUGCACAGGGGACCAAAGACAUCUGUAAAAAUGCUGGGACCAACACUGACAAUGAGUUAACACCAACAUGGGGAGUUUCUGAAGAAAGAGAUAUGAUGAUGUUACAUGGGCCACAGAAGAAUGUUCUUAAGAGAAACAGCUUCCUAGAAACAUGUGAACUGGAGAAGCACCAGGAAAUCCCCACAGUGAAAAACAUUAGAGGAAAGGUUCCAAGAAUCCACUAUAAUAGGAAACCCUUCAGAUGUGAGGAAUGUGGCAAAUGCUUCAGCUAUUUUUCUUACUAUGUUAGACACCAGAGAAUCCACACUGGGGAGAAACCCUUUGAGUGUAAUGAGUGUGGAAAAGCCUUUAAUGGCAAUUCUUCAUUAAUUCGACAUCAGAGAAUCCACACUGGAGAGAAACCCUAUCAGUGUGAAGAGUGUGGGAGAGCCUUUAAUGAUAACGCAAAUCUGAUCAGGCAUCAGAGAAUCCACAGUGGGGACAGACCCUAUCUCUGCACGGAGUGUGGAAAUGGUUUCACCAGUAGUUCUGAGUUUGUCGUACACCAGAGAAUUCACACUGGGGAGAAACCCUAUGAGUGUAAUGAGUGUGGAAAAGCUUUUGUUGGUAAUUCACCACUGCUGCGACAUCAGAAAAUCCACACUGGAGAGAAACCUUAUGAGUGUAAUGAGUGUGGCAAAAGCUUCGGACGGACUUCUCAUCUUAGUCAGCAUCAGCGUAUUCACACAGGGGAAAAGCCUUAUUCUUGUAAAAUAUGUGGGCAAGCCUUCAAUUUUCAUACAAAACUAAAUCGGCACCAGCGAGUCCACAGUGAGGUGAAACCCUUUGACUGUGUAGAUUGUGGAAAAGCCUUUAGUGCUCAGGAUCAAUUAAAAAGGCAUCUAAGAAUCCAUAUUCAGGAGACUUCCUAUGUGUGUGAUAUGUGUGGAAUAGUCUUUACUAGCAAAAGAAAUCUGCUUCAGCAUCAAAGAGUCCAUACUAGAGAGAAAACCUGUGAAUAUGUCAAGUAUGAAAAAACCUUUAGGACUUCUUCCCAGCUAGAUCAUAUCCACCCUGGAGAGAAGCCAGUGCUGGAUGUUGGAUGUUUUGGCCUCCCAGAAUUUUUUACCCCCUUUUACUGGUAAUAGUACACUAAAUUUCCUUUUGGAUUCUGUCUUCCACUCAGGGGUAGAAUUUGUGACACAGCCCCAGCUCAGCUGCAGGUUCCUUCCCUCAAGCUACAGCUGUUGGUUCAGAUGUCAGUAGAUAACCCAACAUAGUCCAGUUAGAAUCCCAGACUUGGCAAGAGUUAAUAACCUUGUAAAUGGUGAGUGUGUCCCUGGCACAACAACCAGAUGGCAGACUGUGGCCAGGCAAUCCUUUCGCCUUCCAGUUGUUAACAAACUUUUGACAUUCCUACUCAUUAAGAUCUUAAUCACUCAUACUCGUUAAGCAGCUGGGCCUCCUAAUGGGCAGUUUCACAGUGGCUGAAUGGUGUUGGAGAGCCACGUGCACCCAUGUGGACUUCGGAAAGCCUGCCAAUUAUGAAUUCCAUGGUACUGAAUAAUCCUCGAACCUCCCAGUACUUCACUGAACAAGAAUUUUCUGCCACCCUUAGCAUUUGGUGUCUGCUCUUUGUCGUGGAGAGAGGAGACUGGAAAAAUGAGCAAUGUUUGUUCUUUGGGAGUGGUUGAUUAAUGUGGCUGGGGGGCAGGCAUGAGUUCUGGGCUACCACCCCCACCCCCAGGAACAAGAGUGAGGUCUGUGUGCCUUCCUAGGGCACAUGAGCUAUGCAAGGACCUGAUGCCCAAGGCAGGAGCCUCGAGUUUACCAUCAUCAUCAACCUUGCUUUUCAGCAAAUGGAAAAGCUGCUUGCUGUCGUGAAAGGAUAGCAAGAACAUUAGAUGGGUGGCUGCAGCCCCUAACCCUAAGUGAAUCCCUUUCUACCUUGUGCUUCAGAUUCUGUGCUGUGCAGUGGGUGGUCAGUGAUAGGGAAUCUGCUGCUUUCACCGAGCCAGCAUCUGUCCUCAUGUCCAAGUGCAGCACCUCAGCUUUCCUUUGGGAGCUACAUCUUACCUGCUUCCAGUCCAAAUAGUUUCAGAGGGCUGACCCCACAUUCCACCCACCUGGCCGAUCCCAUCUUCCAUCCUCUGAUUGCUGUGAUCAGUGCAAGGAUGAGAAUGUUAUCCAAGCCAGGCCAAAGGCAUUCUAAGCCAUGAGUUUUCAAGGAAGCCUACUGAAGGAGAAACCAUUCCCGGUAUGGACUUUAAGCUUGUGUCAUUUUGGAGUUGCUGGAUGCAAUGAGAGAAACUGUGCCUGUGAAUGGGACCACAAGGCACUCAGCAGGCUGAUGGUCGGAGAGGGACCAGGUCACCCUACAAGCAUGUGAGCCCUUGGACCUGACACCUCUGAACCCAGUUUUCAACUUGUCUCUUGUCAUCCAUAACACCCAAGACAUGGUGGCUCCUAGUGUAAUCUUCUUACAGUGUCUCUUAAUAACAUGUGGACUCCUACAAGGCCAAUUAACAUCACAGCUUUCGUUGAACUGGAUCUGGGGCGAGGCCUGUGUUAUGGAUCUUACACCUUCCUAGAAAUAUGAAACAACGGAAUCGUCCUACUAUUUAAGAAAAGGAAAACAUUUUUCCCUAAGACUCGAGGAAGAAGCUCCAGCCGCACCAUCAACACCCGAAGCUGAAAUUCCACUUCAACGAUUCCCUGAACAACUUGCUUAUGGGACAGUAACACUGUCUUUAAGUACUAUGUAAGUAUUUAAAAGUGACAUCUUGAAAA